AUGUGGCGCCGCGUCUCCGAGUCGCCGCGCAAGCUCCUGUUCGACGUCCAGGCGCUCCUCGAGUCGCGCCUCCACGAUCCGGCGCGGACCGCGUCCCUCGGCGCGACCGUCAAGGCGCUCAGCGGCUGGAAGCUGGCGCUGGACGUGUCGCGCUGGUCCCGAGCGGUCGCCGAGGACAUCGCAGCGAAGCGCGACAACGUGUUUGAAGAAGAUGAUUACUAUUUCCGGUUUGGAGGCGUGAAAGAGAGCGUCUGCUUCCCGUUCGAGUACGACGGCCCCGCCUUCGCGGGCCGGUGCGAGUGCUGCUGCCCACCGUCGCUCCGAAGCCCCGUCUUCCGGAAAAUCCCCGUCACGCCGAAGCCCAACGACGUGCACGCCGCUGCCUGGUACCGGGAUUACUAG